AUGGAACCAAGUUAUCUCCUGGUUUUUACGCCUCCACAUGCCCGAAAGUUGAAGAGAUUGUGGGCGAAUGAUAAGAUCAUGGCAAAGGAUAGGAUAGGGAUGUGGCAUAGUUCUUUGAGACCUAUCAGCGAAGUUCUCGCAACAACAAUUGCUACUGAGGCGCGUAUGGCUGCGUCCCUGAUGAGACUUCAUUAUCAUGACUGUUUUGUUCAGGGUUGUGAUGGAUCGUUGCUUCUAGAUAGCAUUGGCGGGAUAGUGAGUGAGAAAGAUUCGAUUUUCAAUGGCCAAUCGGUUCGUGGCUUCGAGGUUAUUGACCAGAUCAAAGCUCACCUUGAGAAAGAAUGCCCUGGAACGGUCUCUUGCGCUGAUAUUCUCACCCUAGCCGCUAGAGACUCCUCUGUUCUUGUAAGAAGGAAAGAUUCGCUCAAUGCAAGCUUGAGUGGUUCGAACAGCAACAUCCCUGCGUCAAACGACAGUUUCGAGGCAGUUCUGACUAAGUUCAACCGUCACGGACUAGAUAUCACGGAUCUUGUUGCUCUUUCGGGGAGUCACACAAUUGGUUUCGCGAGAUGCACAAGUUUCAGACAGAGGCUAUACAAUCAAUCCGGAAACGGUCGUCCAGACAUGAGCUUGGAAGAAUCCUUGGCAGCUAACCUGCGGCAAAUCUGUCCAAUUGCUGGAGGAGACGAGAAUCUCUCGGCGCUGGACAUGAUUACUGUGGCAAAGUUCGAUAACAACUACUUCAUGAACUUGAUAAAGAAUAUGGGCUUGCUGUACUCGGACCAGGUUUUAUUUAGCGGAAAUGAUAUAUCGCGAGAGCUUGUAAUAACGUAUGCAGAGGAUCAAGAAGCUUUUUUCCAGCAGUUUGCAGAGUCUAUGAUCAAGAUGGGAAAGAUCUCUCCGUUGAUGGGUUCUCACGGCGAGAUCAGAAAGAACUGCAGGAAGACCAACAACCCUUAAAUGCGUGAUGUGUGCAAUAAAGGAUGUGUGUUGUUUUUUUGUUGUGUGUUGUUUUAUGUUUGAUGUUUUGAGUUGUGUGAUUCUGGUGUGUUCAAAAUAAAAAAACAGUGUUAUUCUGGUUUUA